AUGGCUUCGGACAAGAAGAGUCUGGAACUGGUUUUGGGGCAGAUCCUAUACAGUGUAUCGGAGGAGGUAAAAACCGGCUCUUCUGUUGGAAAUAUAGCCAAAGACAUUGGGAUGGGCGCGAGAGAGUUGGAUGCUCGUGGGUUUCGGAUUGUUUCAGGGUCGAAGAAGCAGUAUUUUGGUGUCAAUUUGGACACAGGGCUUCUGUUUGUGAAGGAACGGAUUGACCGAGAAGAGCUAUGCCCGGACGUGGCCUCCUGUUUUGUCAAUUUAGAGGCCGUAGUGAACAACCCUCUGCAGCUGUACCGGGUGAGAAUCACUGUGCUCGAUAUUAAUGAUAAUCCACCCAUUUUCCCUGUCCCUUUUAUACAGUUAAACAUCUCUGAGCUUACAGUGUCUGCUGGAAAUCGAUUCCCUUUAGAGAGCGCAUAUGAUGCAGAUGUAGGCAUUAACUCAAUAAAAACAUACAAAUUAAGCCCUAACGAAUUUUUCACUUUGGAUGUACAAACGCAAAGUGAUAAAUCAGUAUCUGCGGAGCUUGUGUUACAGAAGACUCUGGAUCGAGAGAAAACUCCCCUCCUCCAUCUAACGGUCGCCGCUGUGGAUGGUGGCUCUCCUCCAAGAUCAGGGACCUUAGCGAUUGACAUUCACGUUUUAGACGCUAACGACAACACACCAGUUUUUAACAAAUCAGUUUAUAAGGUCUCCAUACCCGAGAAUACAUCUGUUGGGACCGUUAUAACCCGUCUACAGGCGACCGACCUUGAUGAAGGCUUCAAUGGUGAGGUGCUUUACUCAUUCAGUAGCCGUAGUCCUCAGAACAUAAUUGAUACGUUUGAAAUUGACGUGCACACAGGGGACGUUAAAGUGAAAGGAAAUGUUGACUUUGAGACGUAUGCUGCCUUUGAAAUUCGUAUCCAAGCCACCGACAGAGGCCCAGUGCCUUUGACUGGACACUGCAAACUACUGGUGGAAGUGCUCGAUGUAAACGACAGUCCUCCCGAGGUAACAGUGACAUCACUUCUGAGUCCAGUAGACGAGAGCGCUAGUAUGGGGACAGUUAUCGCGCUGAUGACGGUGUCAGACGAGGACGGGGGUAAGAACGGGGUGGUCAACUGUAAACUCGAGGGGGAGAGUCCCUUCAAACUCCAGUCGUCUUUCCAGAACUAUUAUUCUUUAAUCCUGGACGGGACUCUGGACCGAGAGAAAGUUUCGGAAUACAACGUCACAGUUAUUGCCACGGACGAAGGAAGCCCUCCGUUGUCAAGCAAGCGAGUCAUUUUAGUGCAGGUUUCUGACGUCAACGACAAUGCCCCGCAGUUUCCAAACCCUGACAUGCAAGUCUAUUUAAGGGAGAAUGACCCUGUUGGUUCUGUCAUAUACAAAGUUUCUGCUUUUGACCCCGAUUUAAAAGAGAACGCGAAAAUAACAUAUUCACUGUCCCCUAUAACUGUAGGCGGUGUCCCUAUGUCCUCGGUCUUAAAUGUGAACUCUUUAACCGGUGAAAUAUUCAGCCUUCAAUCUUUUAACUAUGAAGAAAUUAAAACGUUCCGGUUUCAAAUCCAGGCCACAGACUCUGGUGUUCCUCCACUAAGCAGCAACGUGAUUGUGAACGUUUUUAUCCUGGAUGAGAAUGACAACAGUCCUGCGGUUCUCCCACCCUAUUCUGGCCAGGGCUCCGUUAAUACUGAGAACAUUCCCUAUUCUGCUGAAGCGGGCUACUUUGUGGCCAAGAUCAGGGCUGUAGACGCAGACUCUGGUUACAAUGCGCUGCUUUCUUAUCACAUCACUGAACCCAAGGGAAGCAGCCUCUUCCGAAUCGGAAGCAGCAGCGGGGAAAUAAGGACUAAGAGGCGAAUGAGUGACAAUGACUUGAAGACUCAUCCAUUGGUGAUUUUGAUUUCUGACCACGGAGAACCUUCCCUCUCAGCGACUAUGUCUAUUGAUGUUGUGGUUGUUGAAAGUGCAGAUGAAAUACAGACAUCCUUCAAUCAGUUGCCAAAAAAGGAGGACACAUUUUCGGAUUUAAAUCUGUAUUUGCUGAUCGCCAUUAUCUCGAUUUCAAUUAUAUUGCUAUUCAGUAUUAUUAUUUUAAUUGCUGUAAAGUGCUACAGGACUGAUGGCGGGUUGAGCAAGUACAGCGCUCCAGUGAUCACCACACACCCUGACGGGAGCUGGUCUUACUCCAAAUCUACUCAGCAGUAUGACGUGUGUUUUAGCUCAGACACACUGAAGAGUGACGUUGUGGUUUUCCCUACGCCGUAUCCGCCUGCUGAUGCGGAGCUGAUCAGCAUUAAUGGAGCAGAUACUUUUAAACGGAACCAAACUCUACCCAACAGCGAGAAGGUAAGAAGUUGGUAG